AUGGCUUUACAGCCUGACGAAUUGCUCGAAAAGGUCCAGGCUACGCGCGAUGAAAUCGCUCAGCUAAAGGAAAAAGUCGACGCGCGCCGCGAGGAGCUUCACGACACCGACCUCCGUCGCGAGGCCACCUCCAUUGACCCGGUUCCGCGCCCGAAUCUCCGGGUUCGGCAAACCCUCAAGGGUCAUAUCGACAAGAUAUCGGCAAUGCACUGGUCCACCAACCGCCGGAAUCUCGUCUCCGCCUCCCAGGACGGCAAGCUCAUAGUCUGGGAUGCUUACACAGGCAACAAAGUCCACGCGAUCCCGCUCCGCUCGACCUGGGUCAUGUCCUGCGCUUACUCUCCUUCUGGUAAUCUCGUUGCUUCGGGCGGCCUCGAAAACGUUUGCUCGAUUUACUCUCUCAAUUCCGGCAGCAGCCCCAUCCGCACCACCCGCGAGCUCACCGCUCACGUCGGUUACAUCUCCUGCAUGCGCUUUCUCUCAGAUCAGCGCAUUCUCACCGCUUCAGGCGACAAGACCUGCAUCCUCUGGGAUAUCCCCUCCGGCGCCCAGGUCCAGGAGUUCACUGAGCAUCUCGGCGAUGUCAUGUCGGUCGAUAUCUGCCCUACUAACAGCAAUGUUUUUGUUUCCGGCGCCUGCGACGCUUUUGCAAAGGUUUGGGAUAUGCGGGAAGGCGGCAAGUCUGCGCAGACGUUCCGGACACACAAGAAGGAUAUCAACGCGGUGCAGUUCUUCCCCGACGGGCGGGCGUUCGCAACCGGCUCGGACGACGGUACUUGCAGAUUAUACGACCUGCGCGCUGAUCGGGAACUCAUGGUCUUGAGCUCACCGCCGUUGGAUGUCAGCGUUACUUCAAUUGCCUUCUCGCAUUCCGGCCGUCUGCUGUUUGCCGGUUAUGAAAACAGUGAAUGCAGAAUUUGGGAUGUUCUGCGAGGAGAAAAGGUUGGAUCGAUCAAUGGCCAUCAGAACCGGAUAAGUUGCCUGGGAAUGAGCAACGACGGUAUGAGCCUUUGUACCGGAUCGUGGGAUGCCACCCUCAAAAUCUGGACUCUGUGA